AUGGCUCCGCGGGCUAGAAAGACCCCGGAUACCCCACGUGGGAGCGGCAUGCUCCGCCGAAGCCACAAGAAGUCGCGUAAUGGUUGCAUUGGAUGCAAGCAGCGACACAUCAAGUGUGAUGAGAAGCGUCCCGAGUGUGUGAACUGCACAAUUACUGAGAGGACUUGCCAAUAUCCAGAAAAGCUUCGUUCCGGUAGCAAUGCGAGCACACCGCCGGCCCAGCCGAUGGCUGCGGCCCCUGUGAGCAUCCCGGAGUUAGUCCCGGAGCUGCUUGCCGCGACACAAACCGACGCGGUCCAAGACGGCGACCGCGAACCGCCCGUGAAUCUAGUCCAUAUGGAACUGCUCAUCCGUUUCGACCUAGGCCUCCCCGUGCCGGAAAUGGAUGACGAGCUGCGCGAGAGAGGCACGAGGGUUGCUCUCGACGCCAGCGCAGACGCCCCUUACCUAUUACACGAAAUCAUGGCGUUUUCAGCUCGCCAUUUGGCUGCUCUGCGGCCCGAGAAAUCCCAAGAGUACCUCGCGCAAUCCGUCAGGCUGCAGAAUGUGGCCAUCUCCCACUUCAACGUCGGUCAAGUGCAGGUCGAUGAAUCCAACUGCGUUGCCAUGAUUCUCUUUUCUUCCAUCCUCGGGCGCCACCUCCUCAUCGACGCCCUUGCCGUACGAACCCCUGAUUUUGCUCAUUUCUUGGCCAGAUAUACCCAGCAUACCCGCAUCCGCCAGGGUCUCCGAGCUGUUGCGAAGGGUUCAUGGCCACUGCUACUCCAGACUGAUCUCAAGGCCUUUCUCUCGUGGGGGUCGCGCCUCAUGCAGUCGCCGGGCGAAGGUCCAGAGUGCGACUCCCUUCGCCAUCUGAUUUCCCAGUCGUCCUUGCCUGUCGAUGCCGCGGAGGCGUGUGGAAAGGCUAUAGACGCUCUCCAGGCGGGAUUUGAUGAGCUUCGCUCUUCAGAGGAUGAGGGAGCCCUCCUUUGCCAAAUCGUGUAUAUGUGGUCGAUCAUGGCGCCUAUGGAGUUUCUCGACUUGCUGGAGCAGCACCACCCCGAGGCCUUAGUUAUCCUGGCAUACUAUGCUGUUUUGUUACAUGGGGCGAGGUCUACAUGGCAGAUUGGGGACUCGGGGGCAUACAUUGUAAACUCUAUCUCUCAGUUUCUAGGACCGCAUUGGUCGCAAUGGCUGUCGUGGCCAAUGUCAAUGAUUACAACUUGA